AUGUACUCAAUAAGAGACCGUGUUGCCAUCUGCUCUCUAGCUAAUGUCUCCUCCAUCCAAGCUCUCCGCUCCAGGGUGAGGAGCUCCCCCGAGUCCCAGACGAGCAGCCCAUAUCCUCCGCCAGGUGGUGCCCGUUCCCCUCGCGCCACAAAGAAGCCCAUGACGCAGGUGGCCAAUCGGGACCAUCGCAGCCUCGGUCGCCCCUGCGGGGGUGAGGGGUAUCCUCUCGGCCUCUACCCGCCCUGCCCCGGCCCCCUCCCCGCGGACUCUCGGCCGUGGGCCUUGCACGCCAGCUCCUCCUCCGUGCCUCCGCUUCGGAGCCCGUCUGCAUUGGGCCUGGGCGCGAGCCGCUUGUCCUGGUCCGCGGGCUUGGACCGGAUGAGCGGAGGGAGGGCGAGCUGA